GCAAGCAUGGGAAAUGGGAAAUCCAAAGAGGAAACAGUCAAGGAGAAGGCGAGAGAGUGGCAAAGACAAAUCCGUGGUGAGUCGCGACGCAUAGACCGAGACAUAUCCAGAAUGCGCCAGGAGGAAGAAAAGCUGAAGAAAGAGAUCAAAACAAUGGCAGAGAAAGGUCAAGCAGCAAGCGUCAAGACCUUGGCGAGACAAGUUGUGCGAUCAAGGGCAGCCGUAGCUCGACUGGAGAGGACAAAGUGCUCAAUGUCGGCCGUCAAUCUGCAUUUGACUACUGCAGUGGCGUCGAUGUCCACAGCCAGUGCCCUCAAAAUGUCUUCGGGCGUGAUGAAGGAAAUGAACAGGCUGAUGAAUGUUCCCGAGCUGCAGCGAACCAUGGAGGACAUGCGCCAAGAGAUGAUGCGUGCUGAGAUUGCAGAUGAGAUGAUGGAAGAAGGCUUUCAAGAGUCGGACGAUGAGACCGAGAUAGAUUCUGCAGUUGCCAGAGUUUACGAGGAACUUGCGCUCGACAAGUCUCAGCUCCUGGACACAG